AGGCGGCAUUUGUUGGGGCUUCCGGAGCUACACUGCGUCAUGUGCUAGCAUGGACAUUACUGGCGGGCCAUCACGCCGCUGCCCGUAAGUCACUCAGCCCAGUUUUUAUCUACUUUGACUUACAAAGAUCGUUGUAGUCGUCCGGGAUGGGUCCAAACUCAGAAAGGUCUUGUCAGAUCUCGGCGUAUCUAACGAGAUUGUCGAGUCACAACUCAUCAUCACAGAAGGUUCAUCCCGUGAUGUGAAGACAAUAGUUAGGCUUCUUCGCAGCGAUCCUGAACUCAUCUUCAGUGGCGUUACAAGUCUUCCUAAAUUCUCAAUUAAUCCAUUCCGCCCAAUUGGCAUGCAAGAUGCCACCAUCACGGGAGACUCUGCUAUUGCAGUAAUUAAUGCUCUCUGUGAGCUGAGAUCCACAGGCAGCAUCUCAAAUUCGCCCCUAUACAUACCGAUAUCGUCGACUGGUCAUGGCUCCCAGCGAGAUCAGCCUCUUCUAUUGAUUCCACUUUACUUGUGGCUCCUGCCCAUCGCCCAGGAGGACACUGCCGUUUUGGAGAAGGUUGUACGUGAAGCAGCCAAGGAAGCUGAUUCGCCUCUUGGUGGCUACGUUAUGCUACGAGCGCCGCUGUUGACUCAUGGCAAAAUGAAAGGGCGUGAAUCUGUCCGAGUAGGUUGGAUCUGGGAGGAUGAGGUCUUCAAGAACCAAGAUGAGGAGGAGCAGGGUAUUAAGUUUGGAUGGACUAUUAGUCGGCUGGACUUGGCAAAGUGGAUGUUUGAAGAGCUUGUUCAAGGAGAUGCUCACAAGUGGAAAGGGAAAUGCGUCUAUCUUACAUACUAGACUCCUCUUUUCCGUUUCAUUUAUGCCGAGUGUCUAAGAGCGAGUACCCUGGUUGGCUUAGCUCGACUACCUAACUGCGAGCACAGGCUGAGUGGCAUUCUCGAACGCUUUCCCCCUGUCGCCCAUGUUGAGCAACCAUCGAUGAUUACUGGCAAAUGAUACAACUUUUCCG